AUGGCUUAUAAUACAAGUUCUCGUAUUACAAAAAUAAUUGAGAUGUGUUUAUUAGAAAAUGAACAGUCGUCUUCUAAUAAUGUAAGCACAGGUGUUACUAGCAACAUUUUGGAUGACUCGUUUCUCACUAGUGUAGAACUGGCUGAAUCAGCUUCAUAUCCAGGCCCCUCUGAAAGUAAAGAAAAUAAUUUGCACGUUUUAAAACCAGCACUAUUUUCACCAGUAAAUCUUGAAGAAAAUACUCAUCUGCUGAAUGUAUUAGCGUCUGAAGUAACUCCUGAUGAUGAUUUUAGUUCUGGAUCUAGCGAUUUGUGGGAACCAUCAGGUUCUGAACAUGAACAUGGAAACGCGGAUUCCGAAGACACUCAAAACGAGUUGGAUGAUGUCUAUCCUUUGGCGCAAAUAACUGUAAAAAAAAGAAAAAAGGGCCAGGGUCCAAUGCAACGGAAGUUAAGAAAAAGUCGUUCUGAUAAAAAAAGAAAGGGUGAGGAAUACAUUACUGCUAAAGGUAAGAACAUUUCAGCUAAAAUUUCGAUACCUGUGUCCACAAACUGUCGAGCAAAAUGUCAUGAAAAGACUGCCUCUGUUGAUCUAAAGCAAAUUUUUAGAGACUACAGAAACUUGACAACUAGGGAUACACAGAAACGUUAUUUGGCUAGUUUAAUAACAGUAAAACCUAAAGAAAGGACACGCCGUGGUAACUCAGUCAAAAAUAGGCAAUUUACAGUUCUUUAUAAGUUGGAGAAUAUGGAUGGUAAUAUCUGUAAAUGUUGCUUUUUGAAAAUAUUUGGCGAAACCAGAGGUUUCUUAGAUGACGUUGUUAAAAAAAAGAAAGCAUCUCCUACUUCUAUCAUACUCAAGUCCGAUUUAAGAGGUAUGCAGCCGUCAGGUAACAAGCGCUCAGAAGCAGAUAUCUCAUUUGCUCGAAAUUUUAUUAAUAUAUUUCCAAAAUAUGAAAGCCACUACAGUAGAAGUCACACUUCAAAGCAGUAUUUAGGGCAAGAAUUAAAUUUACAAAUCUUAUACAGGCUAUAUAAAGAAAAAUUCAAUGACACAAAAUCUAAUGCAACUAACGCCCCCUUGAGUUUAAGUGUUUUUCGAAACUUAUUUAAAAAUCUUAAUUUAAAGUUUAAGAAGCCAUCUAAUGACACUUGCAAAACCUGUGAUUCAUUAUUUCUGAAAAUAAAAAGCUGUGCCUCCGAAGAAGAAAAACAAAGAUUAGAAAAUGAACGCCAACAACACCAGGAUAAGGCUUCCUUUCAUUAUACAACAAAACAAGGCGACAAAGAAGAAAGUAUGCGGAGCUUAGGCAAGCUUGUAGUAGUUGCAUUUGAUUUGCAGAAGUGUUUGGCUACACCUAAUUUGACAUCUAGUGUGUCCUUCUAUAAAAGAAAGUUAUGGACUUUCAAUUUAACGAUCCGCAAUAUCACCACAAAACGGACAUAUUGUUAUGUGUGGCACGAAGGUGUAGCUCAACGAGGAGCUGAUGAGAUCGCAUCUUGCUUAUUUCAGUUUAUUAAAGACUUGCCAGAAGAGGUAGAAAAACUAGUCCUCUAUUCUGAUACGUGCCCAGGUCAAAACCGAAAUAAUAUAUUACCGAUUAUGUUUUUAAAAGCACUUGAAGAAAAGGAAACUCUAAAAGAAAUUGAUCAUAAGUUCCUAGUUCCUGGUCAUACUCAUUUAGAAUGUGAUACAGACCAUGCUACCAUAGAGAGAUUUGUGAAAAAAAGAAGCGCCACAAUUUCAGUUCCACAGGACUGGGUAUCAGUAAUUAAAAUGACGAGCCCUCGUUUUGACGUAAAAUUUAUGAAACAAACUGACUUUUUCGGAUUUUCCAAACUUCUAACAACGCAUUUUAUAAAAAGAAAUGUUGAUAAAGAUAAAAAUUCUUUUGUUUGGAACAGCAUAUUUUGGUUACAUUACAAAAAGGAUAGUGAUAUAGGCUUCAAAUACACAUUAGAUCCCAAUGAACCAUUUCGUUCAAUGUCCAUGCUAAGAAGAGGCAGGUUAACUUCCAUGUCUAAUAUUCAGAUACUUCCAGCUUAUAAUGAUCCUCUACCCAUAGACUAUUUGAAAUAUAAAGAUAUUCUCGACUUACUACCCUUUAUAGAUCAAAUCUAUCAUGGAUUUUACCAUUCGCUUAAACACACUCAAACCAGUACCACACAAUAUACAAGCGACAGUGAUGAAAAUUUCGAAGCGUAA